AUGAAAAAGGGUGCAAUCAACAAAAACAAACACUACUCCAAACCACAACAGUCGACGUCAUCGAGACGAAGAGUGACGUGGCCGAAGGUAGUCAAUUCUGUUCCGGUCCGUAAACAGAUAUUUUCAAAAGGUUUAGCAGCGCUUAAAAUUCAGAAAGUAUUCAGAGGCUUUCUUGUGAGAAAAAGCGUCAAUAAAAUAUCUUCAGUCAAAAACGCGGUUGUCAAACUUGAACAAAGGAUUAACAACACGGAAUUUAUAAAUUCGAUUCGUAAAGAUGACAAGGAGAGAUUAAGGUUAAAUGAAACCAUUAUGUCUCUUCUUUUUAAAUUAGAUUCUGUUCGCGGUGUUGAUUUUGGGGUCAGGAGGACUAACAACAACGAAACAGAUACCGAGGCUUCUUCUCAAGAAUUAAUGAGCAAAUUUAAUGAUAGAGAGUGA